UCCACAUCCUCCGGUCCGUAAUUCCGGUUCAUGAACAGCCUGGGUCUCGAGGAGUAGGAGGACACACCGGAGAGCUCGCUCACCUCAGGCUCCACCAGUCUCUAAUCCGUCCUCGACGGUCCGUCCCGUGUCACACAUGUUCUGCUGAGGACGCGCGCCCCAACCGACAACCGACCAUGUCCACCGGGUCGCUUAGCGACGUUGACGACGAGCUCCUGGACGGCAUCCUGAAGUUCGGCUCUUCCGGUAAAGACUCCGGUACGUCGAACGAGAGCACCGGGGAGAGUUCGAACUGCGAGGGCGGCUCGGCCAACGAGAAAUCAGCCCGGGGAAAGAAACGGAAAACAGGGUCCAGUAGGAAAACCGCGCUGAACGGCGUGGCGCACGAUGGGGGCGGCAAGCAGCCACAGAGGAACGCGGCCAACGCACGGGAGAGGGCAAGGAUGCGCGUGCUAUCCAAAGCGUUUUCCCGUUUGAAGACGACUUUACCGUGGGUCCCGCCGGACACCAAGCUCUCCAAACUGGACACACUUCGCCUCGCCUCGAGCUACAUAGCCCAUCUACGGCAGAUCCUCGCCAACGACAAAUACGAGAACGGAUUUAUCCACCCGGUGAACCUGACGUGGCCCUUCAUGGUCGCCGGGAAACCGGAGAAUGAUUUGAAAGAGAUGCUCAACACCACCCGGUUGUGUGGAACAACCGCCUCAUGAUGUAACGGAUGGACAUGACAUUAACAUUAACCGUCAAGGGAUGGACAUGAUACAUUUUUUUUGACUUUUUCAGAUGGACAGAAAUGCACGUCAUCUCUCCUAAACCAAAUAAUGAGUGGGAAUACCGGGAGAGCGCACGCUCUCUCACGCGUUCCCAUACAGAGAAGCGGAUUUUAUAUUUAAAGUGUUCACAUGUUGCCUUUGCUGGUUCGAGGACAUAUUGUGUUUUGUAUACGUUUUUUAAACUCUUAAAAAUGCUUUAAAAAAAAAACUUUGUCACACGAGUAUUUGUUUUACAGGUGAUGUUGUCAGUCACCGCGUUGGAAGUGCACAUGAAAAAUGUCUCAAUAUCCUAUCUGAAUAGCCAGAUUUUAUGUGAAUAAAAUGUAUUCAUCAUCAUA